AUGCAAGAGGAGGCACCCACUAUAGCCUCGUGCUCAAGAGGCCCAGACCCUGAGGAACAAAGUAACUCGGAACUGAAUACCGAUUUUAAUCUCUUUUAUACAGCGAGUUUACAGUUCCUAAGAAAUCGCUUACAAGAAAAAGCGAUUACAGCUAGACAGCGGGAAGAAACUCAAAGUUGCUGUAAUUUGCAAAUACCGGAAUGGUCAAGAAAUUAUGUGGAUUUCAGAGGCAACAAGUCGCUGUCGUUAAAUGAAAUACUGCCUUACCCGAAGUCUAAAAAGAGCUUCCUCUCGCGGCUAAUAAAUUUAGUUAAAAAAUACAAGCGUGGUCGUGAAACGCGAAUAUCUGAAGAAAAUGAGGUAGCUAAAGAAAAUUCCCCCAACGGUCAUUCGUUUUGUUUACUUCCAAUACUGGAAGAGCCUAAUGAUCGAUAG